AAGAAAGAAAGAAAGAAAAAAAGAAAGAAAGAGGGAUAAUUAAACCUUUAUUAUUAAAAAGAAAGAGAUGAAUACAGUAGCUUGAGGGCGCAUAAGACACAUAACAAUCAAGCCUCAAAAAUUAGUUUAUGUGUAAUGUUACACCUUGGUUUAAAUUUAUAUCUCUCUUUCAAGCUUUUCUUGUUUCUUUUCUUUCGUUUCCUUUUCUAUAACUACGCCCCAUAUAUACAUGUCAUCAGAGCAUUGUCCGACCCUUGGAGGAUUAAGUGAAAGCGGAUUUAACCCAGAGUUUGACUUGAAGCAGCUUGUAUUAAAUCCAAACAGUAACUAUCACGUCUGGGGCUGGUUAGUCUCAGGCUUUCUAGUGCUUGUUACAGUAACGAUCGCUUCACAUACAAUUAACGAACACCUUCACCACUAUUGUACACCUGAAAUACAGAAACAUAAAGUCAGAGUGAUAGCUUACCCAGCAGCAUACGCUGUGUUAGCUUGGUUGUCCUAUCUGAAAUAUGAUUAUGAGACAGUGAUAUUAUUCUUUGCUAGAUUAUUUGAAUCCUUUGCUGUAUAUAAUCUAUAUAUGUGUCUGCAAGCCUAUUUACAACCCUAUCGAGAAAAAAAUGCAGGAAUCAAGGAGGCGGUUUCAACAAAAGUAUUUGGGAUAUACAACUUUAAGCUGUAAUGUCAUUUAUUCUAUAUGGACACAUGCUUAUUUCUUUGUAGUAAAUCAAAAUGGGGCUUACACUUUCGCGUGAUCACGGAUAUACUCGUACUUCAAUUUCCAAUUUGGAAUAUCAUUGCUGCUUUCAUCUCGAUUAUCACACAACUCAAGGGCAUCUAUUGUGAUGGUCAGUUUAAUCCUAAGGGUGCCUAUGUCUAUCUAGCCAUCAUUCAAUUCACUUCUUUAUCCAUCAUCCUUAUGGCUUUAUUCACCUAUCUGUCAGUAUUUGAUAACGAGUGGAAAGACGGUAACAUUCGAGCUCAUGGCAUGUUUUGGUGUGUCAAAGCACCGAUCAUGGUCAUCUUUUACUUUGGU